UCUGUUAUAGGAAAAAAUAGUGUCAAAAGGUAAUUUACCACAGAAUAUAUGAAAAGAAUUUGUUUGUUUUCAUUUUGUUAAUAAAGUAGAUUUGCCAUGGUGAUAACAGUGGUAUUUGCGUCAAUCACUUAUCUCAAAUAGGAUUAUCCCCCCUGGCUACAUAUGAACCUAAUUUGGGUACUUUAAACCAAACCGCUAAAAAUGUCAUACUGGCCCUUAAUUAUAAUAAAAGUUCAAUUGAAAAAUGAGACAUAUCCAAACGAUUCAAUCAACAGACUGACCGGAUUAAGGAACUUUAAUCAGGGAAUAAUUGCAUGUCUUAAUUGGAUCAAUUUGACACCGAGUUUCUCAGAUUAAGCACUUAUUCAAUUAGCACGGCUAGUACCGCUUACUUUGAUUCGGUUUUGAUUGAAAUCAGAAUUGACUCCCCGCAGGCAAAGCACUCAAAAUGUUGUUGUUGUUAUUGACAUGUGUACAUUAUCAAACAUAUAAAAUUAGGGUACUGUUAUAGCUCCGGUCAAUUUGUUUUGGGACAUACGGUUGGAAGAAUCGCCAUUCUCGACGUGUAAUAUUUCCCUCCGCGAUGUUGCCCGUACGAUGGCUCAUUGUGUUUGGACUGGCUUUUGUCACUGAAGUUUUAGCACUGCCUAGACCGUACAUUACACGCGAACAGAAUGGAACCACCGAGGGAUCGCCAAAAGACGGCACAUUACUUGUACCAUCAAAAGAGUCAACGGCUGAGAAACUAGCACGACUAUCGCAAUGUUUACUGAAGCCGGUAUCCCCGACCCUUACAUCCGAAAUCCAAGAAAAACUGGACGAUGGGGCGAGAUUAAUCCACAUGUAUCUCACCAUUUUGAACCACACUGGCCCAUUUCCCGGGGAAGUUCAUUCCGACGUGUUCGAACCCCUCCGAUGGACCCGUAGUACCGGAACAAUGGGACGCGGCAUCAUGAUGCUGAAGAAUACAUACAACAUUCUCUCCAUGAACACUCUGAACUACGAGGUGGAGUACAUGUACGACAUCGCUCUAGUCCAGGAUCCGCCGAAUUGUCUGACAUCGAUGGAUAUCUACGACGUUCAGGAAUAUCUAGGCCGGUUUCUACUGAAUGACGCCAAAGGGAUUAUCCUGAAUGGUACCGAGGACGUUGUGGGAAACGCUACACAAGAAAUUUGUAUAAUUUUCAUAUCAACGUUGACGACGAUUUUGAUAUGGGCUACUUUCAUUACGAGUGUUGUCACCUGAACAGCAAAAUGGAAUUGGUGUGCGAGAGACUUCUCCCAAACCUCUGGAUAACUGCGAUCAUAAUUUGCGUGUUUGUUUUAAACAUCGUGGUUGUUUUCUUCAGUCCUUUUUUCGUACCCAAGUCGUUCUAUGAGGCCCAAGAAGAGCCAGCCGUCUACGAAUUUUCGCUGAAAAAUCCAAAGACAUUACGAGUAAAAUACACUAAUAAGUACACGGGAGAUCCUAAAGAAAUUUCGUUAAAGCGAUUUAGUAAAUUCUUCAAAGAAUUUAACUCCGACAAAAUCGAGCUAAACUCUGUCCAUUCCUUAGAAAUUUCUAAAAUAAAGUUCAAUGUCCAGACGGCGAAGCUUCUGUCCACGUCAAGUUCACCGAUUGGAAUUUGGAGUUCUUUUUACAACCGAGCCUUCCUGUGUGAAGUUGGGAAAGACGAAGGAAUCUACAGCUGCUGCACCUCGUCAAUGGCGCCGUUCAAGAACUAUAAGUGGCAGGAUUUUCUGCGCCGUCUGAUGCACGCCAUUCUCCUACUGUUGGUGAGCGUUCCGUGGAUAGUUCGCGUGAUUCUGUACUACAUUUACGAGGACGAGGAACUUAGCGCCAUGAGGGAAGCUGCGAGUGAGAGGGGAGUAAACUCCUACUAUGUGCAGGCUAGUUUUGCGGUGCGGUACUUGACGCCUGUUCACGCCGUCUUUCUCCUAUGUUACCUGGUCAUCGUCGUGGACUCCUUCUUCUUAGGACUCGUCUUCAAUGCCUACAUUGCUAAAUUCAAGCGAAUCCUUGUUCGGUGCUUAAGUGACAUGGACGCGUAUGCCCGUUUCGCAACCUUUGAUUGGCUUCUCGAGAUUCUGGUUUAUCCUCUUGAAAAACUGGGCUUAUAUGCUUUGCCUUUCAUCGUCUUUUACUGGGCUCUGAUGACUAUUGUACUCGCUCCCGCACUGUUAUAUUAUCUAGUGCCAACCAUCAACAUCUUUAUUCGACUUGUUCUUCACUGGUGGGCGUAUCUUUGUCCAUCCUGUAAUUGUUUGACGAAAUUUUUUGAGAAGAAUUUGGGUCUAGAUCACCUACCAAUUGGACUUCCAUGGAAAAAAAGAUUGUUUGAAUUUUUUAUUGUGAACAUGUGUCUUUUGACGAUGUCUUCAUACGUUUUCCUUGCCGUCGAAAGUUUAACGUUCUUCGUGGAAAUUCUUGUCUAUACUUUGGUUGGUAUAAUACUGAACGCAGAUGUCACCUUGAAAUACGUUUCGCUUACUCUCAUGCUUUUGCUUUACACACGUGACAGUUUCGGAAGCGUGACUCGCGUGUAUACUACAUACACCGAGUCAAUUAUUAACGUUCUAAGAAAAAUAGAAAAAGAGCAAGUGGACGAACUGGGAAUUUGUGAUGAAAACAAGGCUCUAACACCGCAUGCUUUGGGUAUCGAACCAGACAAAAUGGCAGACAUAAAAUUGGAACGAAACCAGCUGACGUGUACCCUUCAUAAUGUCAUUAUGUUCAUCGAUAAGGAAAUGAAUGCAUUUCGAAUCUCAAAGAGCUUCUAUUACCAAACAAUUGACAUGAAUGUCGACGGCUGUCCGGGGAGAUUGUUUCCUAACGUAAUGAAAGCGCUCCGCCAACUUCUGAUGAUCAUGGUCUUUUUGAUGUUUGUUUUCCUGGUCGUGAGUGCGUUUGGAGACCGGUACGAAGUGUCCGGGGUCAGCCAGAUGUUGGCUACUCUAGUGGGUGGAUUUCUACCAUGGAUCUUCAGCAACAUCCUUUUCAGAAGUCCGGUGCAGUCGACCUCCAUCGAUACCAACUCCGCCACUUUUACCACAUUCAAACGUUUCCUUCACAAAGAAGCAAACUCUUUUACACAAGACUGGCAAGUAGUGGAGUUUCUUAAGGACCUAGUACCAGAGAGAUGUUCGGAAGAAUUGCAGGAUGAUAUUGAUUUAAUUGUUGUUCAAUCCACAGAUGAAGAAACUUCAACUGGAAAAUCUGUACUGUCCAGUGUAACGGAACCAUUUUUGAGAUUGUCAAAAAAUUUCUAACAAGCUUUGUUUUUUUU